CUUACAAUUAAAUUAAUAACAAUCUUAAAUUUUGUGUUGACAACACUGCAGCCGGUUUGACGAAAAUAUUUUUUUGGGAAAUAGAUAUUUUGCAAAAAAAGAAUUUAACAAAUGCUGAAGAUAAAAUUAGAAGCCUUGGAGCAUCCAACUCCUGAUAAACUGGACUAUAAUGACCGAAAAGUUUUUGCAAGUACUAUUUUAUGGCUAGAAGAUCAAAAAAUUCGCACAUACAAAAUUGAAGAUCGCGAAAAUCUCCGUAGAGUAGACAAUAUGCAAGCCUGGGAGGAAGCUUAUACACAAUACAAAAGUGAUUUGGGAAUGCCACAAUUUGAGACACCACUCGAGGAUAUUUCGUGGCUACUUAGCUAUGCCAUACGUUUAGAAUUCUUAGAUGCUCCCGAUUCUUAUAAAGUUUUGAGUUCUGAGCAUAUGGCUCAGAGUGUCAAUAAAUCUAUUACUCCGUGCAUAAAAAAUGAAAAUUUCUUCGAUAAUAUGGAUUUUAACCAUAAGGAUUUUGUUGCUGGAGUAAGAGCCUUAGCAGCUAAAUUAAAAGUAGCUCACCAUCCUAAUCAUUUGGUACAGCUAGAAGCUAUAGCUCGCAUUGUUCGCGAACGUCUAUCACCUGCUGCAAAAAAUCGUGAACCAAUUGUUGGCACACCAUUUCCAUUUGAAAAAGGCAACGAUAUUGUUUAUAAAGAUGAUCCUUCGUUGGAUUACCCAGUACGUAUUUUGCGUUUAUUACAAAUACAAAGUCUUCGCGAGUUACAGACGCAUAUAAAUGAAACUAUAGUGGCUGUACAAAACUUAACUGCAAAUCCUAAAACAGAUACCAAACUCGGUAAAGUAGGACGUUAAAUAUGAUUCAGAAUCUUUAAAAAUUGAUAUACAUACAUAUUUAUUUAAAUGUUAAAAUAAUUAUUCAUCUAAUAAAACUGCAAUCUAUAUGCGAACA